CUUUCCACAUCAACCGUAGAAAGAAAGAAAGAAAGAAAGAACAUAAAGUAUGAAGAAUGCUUCCUGGUUUAAGAUACUGACUUUGAUUCUAUAUGUCCGAUUUUUGGUGUUGAGCAGAUUGCUUAAGCGACUAACCCAGGAGCUACAGACAUCUGGGGUGGAUUUGUGAUAGAUUGCUUCUGAUCAUGCUAAAUCGACAUCUACAUGACUUUCUUGACUGUUGAAAAGUGUACUUCUAGUCUGACAUAUGUGCAUGGUUAAUUUGACUCUGUACUGGAUUUUGCUUCAAAAUUUCUGAAUUAGGCCUGUUUUGAACUUGAAUCAAGGUAGCCAGAAUUCGAGGAUUUGGAUACCUUAGUUUGAUCUGAUUUUCACUGCCCUGACCUGACCUGAAUUGAUUUUUUUAUUCGUAAACAAAUUGGUUGUCAAAAGACAUAAAUAUGAAUAUGACCUGAACUUGUUCUAAACCAAACCAAAAUAAACUGAAUCUUUUUGGAGGGGUGUUGGACUAUGUUAUUUUUGAAGUUUUGUUUUAAAAAAGGUCACUAUGCCAUAAAAAGAGGCAACUACUUUGGUUUCUUUUGUUUAUCUUUUCGUAUGUCUUGUUACAGGGUGCAACAAGGAUUUUCAUUCGAUUUGGAUUAGAUUUUAUUCCUAUGGUGAGAACUAGAGGUGGUGCUACUUUUAAAAAAAGGAGAGGCCUUCGUAGCUCAACAGGAGGAGUUAAAUUGAAAGAUACAGGAGCAUGUAUCAAUCUCGAUCAUGAAGAUGAAGAGCAUAUUGAUGGUGGAAGCAAAAUGAUCGAUGAUGAUACUAACAGAGAUAAAGAUGCUUGUAUUGAAAAAGGAUUGAAAAAGAAAGCUAUCACUAAGAAAAAGAAACCUUCUAACAUUGAGAAUGCUAUACCUUUGUCAACUGUGAUGGAAGGAAAGAAGGGGAAUGAGUCUUCUUCUUCACAUGCUAUUGUUUUGCCAGCUAAGAAGAGAAAGUUGGAUGAAAAUGAAGGUCUUAAAGUGAAGAAAGUGAAGGCAAAUAAGGAUAAGAACAUUGUGAUUCAUAGGCAAGAAUCUGCAAUCAUAGAUAGUGAUGUACAUAUGGUGCAACGAGGAUUUAAAACACGUUGCAGGCCAUUUCAUUUAGUAGAGAUGAUUAAAACUUUUUCAGAUGAUCAAAUCAAGGCUGUUAAAGAAAUUGGCUUUGGAGGUUUGUUAUCUUUGAAGGUUAAAUGGAGGUCUCAUUUUGGUCUUAUGGGUGAGAAUGAUCAGAUUCCUUUGGGUUUUUUGGAAUCUAAGAUCCCUUUACUAGUAGAUGGCGGGGAAGAAUUCAGACAUCUUUUUAUCAUGCAUGCUUUUUCAAGUUUUUUAGCACCUACGUCCAACAGAACUGUGGAUUUGAGAAUUGUAAAAUGUUUGGUUGAUGUUAAUCAAAUAAGAAUUUAUAAUUGGUCAAAAUAUGUCUUAGAUAGACUUUGUGAAGCCGUGAAGAGCUACAAAGAAGGAAAUAUAGAAUGGUUUUGUGGUUGUGUUUUGAUGUUAGAGAUUAUCUAUUUUCAUCGAUUGAGGUUUAGGAAUGUUGUGUUAAAUUCUACAAUACCUUUAAUUCAACAUUGGACUGAUGUGGAUAUAAGAGAUAGAAUUAGAAAUGAAAAGUUGUCCAAGGGUUUUGGGUGUGGAAUUCUUGAGUUUGAUACAUAUCCAGUGAGUGAGAAGUUGCAAUUUGAGGAUGGACAAGUUGUUUGUAAUCAAUUCAAGGAAGCUCCUGUGAAUCAAACUUCUGGAAAAGAAUCUGUUGUUUAUGAAGGUGUCCGUAGCAAUGUUAAGGGUGUUAUUCAGUUUGAGCUACCUGCCAGUUCAAUGUCUAAUGAGGAAAUCCGUUCAAUUGCUAUUGAUGUAAGUAUUUUACCCUUUAAUUCUGUCUGUCUGUUUGGUUUUUUCUUUUUUGUAUGUAAGCUUUCAAGUCUCGAUUAAAGUUCUUGAA